AUGCCAAUUAACACCAACGCUGUCUUUAACCGCCUGCAGGACCAGAUCGUCCGCGAUCAGUCCUUUCUCCAGGCGUCGUACAUCGAGUACGCCGACGCUGCGAACUCCGUCUCCGAGCGAGACGAGGUGCCCAACAACCCCAUCAUGGAUCGCUUUCUCACCGACUUGGGCUCUGAGAGCAUCCGCUCGUUGACGAACUUCACGGUCUCCGAGUUCGAGACGCUGUGGUCGUUUGUCGACGACGCCAUGAACUCUGCCUGGCUGGAAGGACGCGGCCGCCGCUCGACGACCAGCCCCAAGGACAGCUUCUUCAUGGCCCUCACGGUGCUCAAGCACUACAGCUCGUGGGACAAGCAUGCCGCAGACUUUGGGUUCAAGGCUCCUACGUUUGAAAAGCUGGUGAUGCGAGUGUUCACGGUCGUGGAGCCGGUUCUGUACGAGCGGUUGAUUGCGCCGCAAUCCAUGGCGAGUCUCGCCCAGUCUGGGCAUCUGUUUGCGAACUUCCCCUACGCUGCGUAUGCUGUGGACGUGAAGUUCCAACCGUCGCUGCGUCCCAUGGGUCGGUUUGCCGAGCAGAAGCGCUACUACAGUGGCAAGCAUGGGCUGUAUGGCUACAAGAUCGAGGCCGCAGUCUCACCUGAGGGACUCUGUGUCGCCAUGUCGAGCUCGCACCCGGGCGAUCCACCAGGCCAUGCUCAACAAGUCGCCUGA